AUGGACCCGGAGGAAAGUAAGAUCUCCGUGUGGGUCUCCGGGUUGACCACAACCUGCACCGAUGUGGUGAAGGUUCCCCAGGAGGAGCGGAAGACUGCGGGUCUCUCCUCCUGCGUGGUGCAGACGUGGGGAGGCCUGCGGAGCAUCAUACCGGACAACACCCAAGUGCUGCGGCUGCGGAGUGCGCGCGGAGAGCAGCGGGACGACUUCCGCUUCCUUUUGCUCCGGCACGACGCGCCUCUGCAGAGCGACGCGGUCCGGAGCGCCGAGGCGCGCGUCGUGCUGAGCCAAGCGGGCCCGUGUGUCCCCAGAGGGUUCCCAGGAGCCACCGGGGGACCUGCAGCUGACAGACAGCGCCGGCUGAUCAGGGAAGCCUUCACAAAGAUGGAGAAGAUGAAUAGGAAAAGAGCACAGGUGGCGUCCAGAAACACCGCGGACAAAAUGGAGACGUUGGUUCAUCUGGUGAUCUCUCAGGACCACACCAUCGGCCAGCAGAUCCACAGAAUCAAGGACCUGGACGCGGAGAUCGAAAGAUGUGAAACAAACGUUCAUUCUGACAGGAUGAAGCGACAUGGGCUUAAUUAUGUACAAGACACGUAUCUGACAGAUGGCGUUCAUGAUGGACCGUCCAGGCGUGGGGGGGGGGGGGAGCAGUUUCUGUCCCAGCGCUGCGAGGAGGUGCUGAAACUCCAGGAGGAGCUGAUGGAGCCCCAGGUGCUGGUGGACAGCAUGGCCGUGGAGAUCCAGGAGGAGCCGAACCAGAGAUGGAUGACGGACCGUUUGCAGCUGGAGGCUGAGCAAUCAGUAGACAACCAGCUACUUCAGGAUGGAGACAGGAUCAGAACACAGCUAGACACCCGUUUAUACACCGGGCUUCGCUUGGACACGGGUGUAGAAGCGACUAGGAGCGGUUUGAAGCUGACCCGGGAGAUUGUGGGGACGAAGGGAAGGGAAGUAAGGGAUUUGCUGGAGAAAGUGAACACUUUGGAUGUGGGCUUAGAGGACGGGGCAGCACAUGGCCAUGAUGGGACAGCGGAGACUGGGAUGAUGUGCACGUCUUUGGAGCUCAAAGGUGAACGGGUGGAGAGAGCCAGGGGUCUGUCGACGACCUGCGACGCCGACGACGAAGACUCGGGCCGAGUUGCUUACACGGUCCGGGUUCAGAUAAGCGGCCUGUGCGUGCACCAGUCACCCGUACAGGAUGUGAACUAG